CGGCCCAAAGUCAGAUUCCGAAUCUCGCCUUCGAAGGAAUUUAUGUUUGCCAGCGUGUUUCGCUCGGCCGUCGCGCCCGCUCCGUCCAAUAAUGAACCGCCUUCGCCCUCGACACGAUGGCUGAUUAAGUCACACAGGGAGAAGGUGCCAGAGUGUUGCCGCCGACAGGCCAAGGCCCCACCGAUCAAGACCACCUCUACCCUCUUCAACUUGUACGACGGCAUUAGCUAUCGAUUUGUGGAUGGCACGGUACAACGCCGACUGUCGUCAACUGUGGGGGGGCAGCGCGUGCCGUUUGAGGUGGCCCAAGUGCAGUCGCUUCGACGAAAACGAGAUUUCUUGACCGGACUCAGCUCCAUCGAGGAAGAAAAGCUGGCCAUGUGCGAAAGCUGUCAUUCGAACUCGUACAGCCGACUCUCCAACACCAAGUGCAUUACACUGACAAGUGCGCCCAAGACGCGAAAAACACCGACCAAAGCUACCAAUGUCGUUGAAAAAAUUGUACCUCUGCAAACCGAGAGCGUACCUGCCGGUGCCGACGUGACCUGUGCUUGAAGCAUGCCCGAAGAAUAGGACUUUGGCAUAGUACGAGCAGCCACAUCGAUGACGACCUGGGGCGAAUAAACGUUGCUAUAUGAAAUAUUUUGCUAUCUACAAGCACUGUUCAGUACAUAUGCCAACGAUUGUAAGCCAUAAGAU